UUGAGCGUAACAUGUGCAAAAUAUGAACGAAAAAUGAAUUUGGGAAAAUGUGUACAUCCACGAAUGGCUUGGUACGAUAAGAAUUAUCGUUGUCAUUGCAUGUACGACUAUUUAAGGCCAAUUGUCAUAUGCGUUAAAGUGGAAUAUCCAAAAGGAAUGCAUCAACAGCGCUGCUCAUUUGAUUAUCCAAUUAUAUUUGGAGAAUGUGUUUUUUGUAAAUGUGAUAGAAAAAAUAAUCGAACAGUAUGCGAACGGAAUGUUAGCUGUGGUAAAGAUAUUGACAUAUGUAUUCCAAAUGACCAUAAAAUUUUUGGCUGCUUAAAUUGUACAUGUACGCAUACAAUGUUGAGAAAAUGUAAAUUAAUAAAAGAUUGUUACUCCAGUAAGUUCUUAUCGAUAUGA